UUGUUGGACCUGAUAUUUUACAAACUUUUCUGUGGCCAAAGGGCUACGUUUGUAAAAAGAUACAAUGUUCUUCACUUUGGUGAUUGUCUGUUGCAAAUUUUCAACGCUUAAUCCACUCUUGACAAUUAAAUUUAAACUGUGUGCAUAACACCCAAAAUGGCGCCAAUUCAGCUCAGUCGUGAUAGCGGAGACUAUGUUACUCGCGUUGUCAGACACAACUAUGGUAAUUUUGUCUGUAAUGUUCCAAGUCGAUGCACAUUUUCUUAAUUGAGCUGCUAAGUUUAUGGCGGUAUGAUGUCCAGGGAGGACUUCACACUGCAGGAGAAGCGACUUCAAAAUAUAGUUUUGAUCGAUGUAAUGAGCUGUUAUGGCCAUAUAUGACUCAUUUGCUUUUGAUGUCCAGCAGUCUGUGGUAAGGCAUACACUUUUUGCUUCUUCAGUCAUUUUUGUUUUUGUUUCAUUAAAAACUUGCUGGUACAUUGAUGGCAGUAAAGUGUUUGAAAGGUACUUACGACUAGGUAGUUGGUAAAUGGGAUUUAGACCAUGAACAAAUGCAACAAAGCCCUCGUCUUCCACAAUACUGAAUGGUUGAAAAUCUAACAUGAACAAUUUCAUAAGUAGUCUAUUCAACCUUUCCUGUUCAGAUGGUGUAAUUUUUUUUCUCUGUGUAAAUUGAGCUAUUGUAGGUUGUCGAACUAAAGACUGCUGGAUAAUGUGUGGUUGUGGCAACGGAUUACCCUCGGCUGAGUGACUAGCAGAAGAAGCAACAACAGACUGUUGAGUCAGAUUUUGGGAUCCUGCUUGAUUAGAAGGGCCAGCUUCCUGUUCCAAACGUUGUUCUGAACUGUUUUGGUGCAUACCCAUGUUCCUACGUUCAUCUUGAAUUUCAACCGUAGGAUGUUUUCUUAAAAUAUGUUUUUUUAAAUUUGUUGAGGAAGUUUUAUAGGAUAAUUUUACCCUGCACAGUUUACACACUGCUGUCUUUUCACCAACGGAUUCAAUGUCAAAAUGUACCCAGACGUUGGAUGUUUUUCUUAAAGUUGAUGCCAUUUUUUAUUAAUAGGUAUUUAGGUAAACUGUAACCACUCAUUAAAUAAGAACGUUAAGUACCUACCAUACGUUUUUAAUAUUUUAGGCACAAACUGCAAAUACUAACUUGGUUUUAAAAUUUGUAAUACACUUCAAUAUUUACUACGGCAUAAGUCAAUUAACAAAUUACACUACGUACUUCGUAAGUUCGUACGCGUAAAAUAAAAUUAGGUAAGGAUGCUCGUCCUUUCCUAAUCAAAAGUUCAAUCCAAAACAAUGAUUCACAAAAAAACAACCUUUCGAGUCAAGUUCGCGCGCAAACUUAAACAACGAAGUGAAAGAAUUGUUGCCGUUCCGUGCGCCCAGUCAUACGAUCGGGCAAGCCUCGCAACAGUCACACAUAAGUGUCGCAACGUUGCGAUUCGAACCGCCCGCCGCCGGGCCGCCGCUGCGCAUUGCGAUUGCGACCGAGCACACCCGAGCGGGGCCGAGCGAAACGGCCGAAAAUCACCGAAGUUGGCAUUCAAUUCAUUCAUUGUCAUUCGAUUCGAGUAAUGAUUUAAAAGCAUUGAUGAUUUUGUCGUUGUCAUUGCAUGAUGAAAUGAUUUUAAAAUAUCGAUGAUUUUAACAUGUGACAUGAUAUCGGACUCAUCUCUAUAUUUAAUGUUGUGAAAGGAUUUGCCUGAUGAGGAGCGAUUUUUGAAUUAAAAGUAAUAAAUUGAGUGUCACUAUCUUAUAUUGUACACCAGUAUCUUUUUACAAUGGCGCUGCAAAGAAAGGAAAUCCGUAAAAGGAACAAGAAGCAUAUUAUCUGCAUGGCUUCAGACUUCUUCUAUCCUAAUACGGGUGGAGUGGAAGAGCAUAUUUAUAAUUUAUCUCAAUGUUUAAUAAAGCGAGGGCAUAAGGUAGUUAUAAUAACACAUUCGUACGGUCAGCGAGUUGGAAUUCGUUAUUUAACGUGUGGACUCAAAGUAUAUUACUUACCUGUCAGGGUAUUUUACGCACAGUGUGUCUUACCAACUAUGAUAAGCAAUAUAGCACUAAUAAGAUACAUAUUGAUAAGAGAAAGAAUAGAAAUUGUUCAUGGGCAUUCUGCAUUCAGUGUCCUAUGCCAUGAAGUGUCAAUUAUAGGUAAAUUAAUGGGACUUAAAACAGUUUUUACUGAUCACAGCCUAUUUGGUUUUGCUGACACAUCUGCUGUCCUCACUAACAAGUAUCUGCAGAUGUGUCUGUGUGAGUGUGAUCAUUGUAUAUGUGUAUCACACACUGGAAAAGAAAAUACAGUGCUCAGAGCAAAAGUGAAGGCAUAUAAGGUUUCGGUAAUUCCGAAUGCUGUUGAUGCUUACAGUUUUACUCCAGACCCAAGCAAGAGAGAGCCAAAUGUGAUAACUAUAGUGAUUGUAUCCCGCCUGGUCUACAGAAAAGGUGUUGAUCUGAUGGCUGCCGUAAUAGCUGACAUGUGCCCCAGAUAUCCAAACAUAAGAUUUAUAGUUGGUGGAGAUGGUCCCAAAAUGUGGCUCUUACAAGAAGUGAGGGAACAAAAGGGCUUCCAGCAUUGUGUGACCCUCUUAGGAAGUCUCAAACAUUCAGAAGUCAGGAAUGUUUUAGUGAAAGGGGAUAUAUUUUUAAAUACUUCUCUAACAGAAGCUUAUUGUAUGGCAAUAGUUGAAGCUGCGUCUUGUGGGUUAAAAGUGGUUUCCACUAGAGUUGGUGGCAUCCCUGAAGUAUUACCUGAAAGUAUGAUUUACCUAACAGAACCAAAUAUUAGUAGUCUAGUUGAAGGAAUUGAAAAGGCAAUGGAUGACAUAGACAAAGGGAAUAUAUUAUGUCCAUUUGAAUGCAAUAAGAGAAUAAGGAAAAUGUACAAUUGGAUGGACAUAACAAAGAGGACAGAAAUAGUUUACAAUAAAAUAUCAUUGAAUAAAGAACGGCCUUUAGGAUUACAAUUACGAAACUACCUCACAUGUGGUGUAUGGCCAUUUCUUUUAGUCAUAAGUUUAAUGUAUUUGUUAUUAAAAUUGACUGAAAAAAUAUAUAAAAAGAAACACAUUGAUAUUGCGAAGGAUUAUAAGUUAUAGCCAUGGAUAUUGUGUUCAAAUAAUUUAUUUGGGAUUGUGAUUACAUCUCUUUGUUUACUCUUAUUUUACAUGUUUAGUCACAAAUAUUGUUAUACUUUGUCCAGCCAUUUAUAUUGCUUUUUGCAUAUUUAAAAGCAAUAUUUUUUUUAAAUACUCUGAAAUAAUGUUAAUUGACUGUAUACUUAAUGUGUAAGAGUAUCUGUUUUUACUUAACUAGCAAGAUUUAUUAUAAUGUUCAAGAUGCAGUUUAUCUGUUUGUUAGAGAAAGUCAUGAGUAUCAGUGCAAGAGUCUGACUCUCACUCAACUUAUUUCAAUGAUCAAUCUGCUAAAAGUAAAAUAAUGGUUGGAUGAUAUAGGUAUUUAAAACUUUAAUAUGCAAACUUUUAUGUACAAAAAUUGUGACUUAUUUUAGAUGAAUUGGGAUAGGAUAAUGAUACCAAAGAAAUUGAAACAAUUAUAAUUUUAUUUUGGAAUGAUAUUUAUUAACAUUAUGAAAAAAAAGUGGCUUAACUAGUCCUAAUAAUAGUUCGCCUUUAUGAUUUAUACAUCAUUUAAUACAAUAUAAAAUGAAAUAAAUAACACUAUUAUGGUUGUUAUUACAUUCCAGUAUUAUUAAACAGCAGUGGAACAACUUUUAUAUUAGUAAAUUUCUCCUAAAUUA